AUGUCGGCACUGGGGCCCUCUGGCUCCAACGCGCAUGCCGCCUUGAAUUUACCGCAGGCUGGCCUCCGUCGCGGUACUGCCUUCCCACCAUCGCACCCGAACCAGCCUAAUAAGCCGCCGCCCGCGCCCCAUGCCGCUUCGCCCUAUCAAACCUACACGCCGCAGCAGUCCACCACGAGCGCCUUUCAUCAGAUGUUCACCCCGAACCAAAUGAAUGCCAAUGCUCCCAAUGGACCUUCGCGCGCCCCCAAUUCUCAUGUUCCCAAUAAUCUCGCCGCCCAGCGCCAGCGUGGUGCCCCCCCUCGCCAGCAAAUGGCCCAACCGAAUCCUUCACCCAUGGUCUUCCCUGGCUCCAUUAGCCAAUCUAUUCAACAUGAUCCGAUCCUCUCCCAUCACCAGCACCCCCAGCAGCACCCCCAGCAGCAUCAGCAGCAUCCGCAGCAGCACCAGCAGCACCAGCAGCAAUCCCACCACCAGCAACAACACCCAGGACACCAGAACCACCAGCAACAGGGACAGCAUCAGCAACAUCCUCACCAGCAGCAACAUCAGCAACAUCAACAGCAACAUCCUGGUCCUCCCACCCAUCCCAUGACGGCACAACAUAGCCAACAGAGCCAACAAACCCAGCAAUCGCAUCAACACCAACCUCAGCAACCUCAACAGCCUCACCACAACCAUACUGGCCACCCCACCCACCCGACACAUCAACACCCCGCUCAUCAGAGCCAUCCGCUACACCAGCCUCAUCAGUCACUGCAGCAGCAGCAACAACAACAUCAGCAGCAGCAGCAGCAGCAGCAGCAGCAGCAGCAACACCAGCAUGCCCAGUUACAGCAGCAGCAGCAGCAGCAGCAGCAGCAGCAACACCAGCACCAGCAACAACAGGCUCAGCAGCAGCAGCAAGCACAGCAGCAGCAGGCUCAACAGCAGCAGCAAGCCCAACAAAAGCAGCAGUCUCAACCUCAGCUUCCGCCGCAACAACGCACUCCGCAACCGCAACCACAGAAGCAGCCGACCCCCCAGCAGCAGCAGCAACCAGGUCCUUCGAACCAGCAACAAUCAUUGCAGCACCAAGCAAAAAGCCGUACUCCACAAGCGCAGCAAACUCACGUUACUCCUCAAUCAAUCCCUGCUCGUCUCCCACAACAAGAGGACCACACGGUCGAAGAUGUCGAAAUGGACGGUCAGGGAGCAACUGAGGACCCUAAUGCCUUGGAUGCCAAGCUUCGCAACGAUCCAUCGUUUGUCCCAUCACAACCUAUGGGUGAUAUGAUGUCGCCGCCGCCAGAAGGCGGCAGCUAUCCCACACUAGAAGCCGUGCAAAAAGCCGUUCUUCGUUACUGUACCUCUGUCGGUUAUGCUAUUGUCAUUGGCCGUUCCAAGAAGACGGUACCUGGGCUGAAGAAGGUUCUUUUUGUUUGUGACAGAGCUGGGAAGCCUCCAAGCCGUGUCAGCCCUGAAUUCCGUAAACGCAAGACGUCGUCUCGCAAAUGCGACUGUCCAUUUGGUUUCUUUGCUAUUGAACAGCGUACCCAGUGGACUAUUCGUUACCGACCCAACCCGCAACAUCUGACGCACAAUCAUGGCCCCAGCGAAGGUCCUUCGGACCACCCUGCCGCUAGGAAACUGGACAGCAAAAUGGUCGCCGAGGUCAAGCGACUCAAAGAAAAUGGGGCGGGCGUGCCAGAAACGUUGCAAAUUCUGCAAACUGAAAACCCUGAAUGCCACCUCCUCCCGAGAGACAUUUACAACGCGCGAGCUGCUAUCAAUCGCAAUCCGACCAAGGUGGCAUCAGGUAUUGCUGAAAACCGGCCAGCGAUAUACACCAAGACGGCACAGUCCCCGGAGGACCGAAUCCGUGCUGAACUACGGCGUGAGCUCUCCAAGGUCCGCGAUGAUAUGAAGAAGAUGGAAGAAGAGAAGCAAAAGGAAAUCGACGCGCUCAAGAUUCAACUCAAGGAAAAGGAGCAGCUAAUUGAAAAGUUUGAAAUGUUCAUCGACAUUUGCAACGGAAGAGUCAUGGUGCAGCGCCAGAGACUGGCUGGUCAGGAGCAAGGCGGCGCCAGCGGAAGCAAUCCAGCACCUUAG